UUCGAUCGUCUACCCAACAUUGCUUCGCAGAAAGCAGCUUGUCUCCCUCUUCUUAAUGGCUAUGUAAAAGAAAGAAACGUUGGAAAAGCUGAGGCUUUCAUGAAUAAGCUGACUGGCUUGGGGCUGACCCUGAGCCCCUAUCUAUUUAUUGAAAUGAUGAAGCUGUACAUGGCAACAUGUCAGUAUGAAAAAGUACCUCUAGUUGUUAUGCAAAUGACACGAAACAAAAUACCCAAAUAUGCUCUAUCCUACAACCUUUGGAUGGAUGCUUGUGCCAAAGCAUCUGGGGUUGCAGCAGCAGAGGCCGUCUACAGAGAAAUGCUGAGUGAUGAGAAUGCCAAAGUGGGGUGGUCCACACUAUCUACUUUAGCUAAUAUUUAUGUUAAAGCAGGUCUUGUUGAGAAAGCAGCUGCUGCACUGAAAAAUGCAGAAGCAAAGCUGUCUACAAAUAACCGCUUUGGUUAUAUCUUCCUUAUGACUCAAUAUACAUCUUUGAACAGUAAGGAUGACGUUAUGCGGCUAUGGGAAGCCAGUAAAGCAGUAGGUAAGAGACUGAGUUGUGCCAAUUAUAUGUGCAUAUUGUCGUGCUUGGUUAAGCUAGGUGAUCUUGUACAAGCUGAGAGGGUGUUUAUGGAAUGGGAGUCCAACUGUCAGAAGUAUGAUGUCAGAGUCUCCAAUGUCCUUUUAGGUGCUUACAUGCGGAAUGGUUGGGUAGAAAAAGCCGAGUCACUGUAUAUCCGCUCAUUGAAGAAAGGUGGGUGUCCUAAUUACAAGACAUGGGAAAUUCUAAUGGAGGGGUGGGUGAGAAGCCAUAAGAUGGUAAAGGCCAUCAAUGCUAUGAAGGAAGGGUUCGCAAUGUUAAAAGAUUGUCGUUGGAGACCAUCCCAAGGUAUUCUUGUGGCCAUUGCUGAGUACUUUGAGAAGCAAGGGAAAUUGGAAGAUGCAAACAACUUUAUUAGAGAUAUUCAAGCUAUGGGUCUUGCAAGUUCACCAAUAUAUAAAUCAUUGCUUAGAAUCCACGUUUCUGCCAAGAGACCAGCUAAUGACAUCCUUGAAAUGAUGGAUAAGGAUAAAAUUGAGAUGGAUGAUGAGAUUUCUACCCUUGUUCAAGCAAGUGAAAUUGAUUCCAGGAAUUAUUCCUAAUGCCUCUUAAUUUCUGCUCUGGGUUUUUGGGAUGAAAGAAUUCUAUUAGUGAGGAAAGAAGCUCACGUGUGUUCCCCGCUAAAGACUACUGAGGCAGAAUGAAAUGCUCUGCUUAUUCUUUUUAUAAAUUUGGCAGCAUUCUUGUUUAAA